AAGGAAGGGAGAAAGAGGAUAAAGAGAGAAUAGAGUGAGAGUUAAGGAGAGAAAAAUUGUAAACAAAUCUGUUUUUACUUGAGUUUGUUGUUGAGAUGCGCUUUUACCGCCGAGUUCAAUUGUCAUUUAUCCCUUGUUAAUAAUCAUUGUUAACUAAUUAAAUUGUUGCCUUUUUAACUAAUUUAACUGUUUUCUUGUUAAAUUUAUCCUGUUUAUAGAGUAUUCCAGUAAAUAGCAAUUUAAUUUAAUUUUUGUUGUUGUACCAUAACUAGAGAUAUAUAAUGGAUAACCUACCAGAUCUGGUAAUAGAGAAGAUAUUUUCCUAUUUAAGUUUACCUGAUAAGCUCAAUUGUUUGGCUAUUUCUAAAUCAUGGAUGGAUUUAACAGCCUCUAUACUUGACCGUCAAAUUGUACUUAACAUCACAUCAUCAACCUCAUCGUGUUCAUCAUCAUCGGGUUACUCAUCGUCUUCUUUUUCGACAUUGGCCAGUUUCCCAUCAACUUCAUGUUGUCCUACAGAAUCACAUUUACCCAAUCGAACUGAUAUUGUUUCUCUUCGAUCUCAUUGUGACCCAAACCUAAUUGUUAACCUAACUAAAUGGUGUCCCAAUCUUUCAGUUAUCCGUAUUGACGAUUAUGACUGCUGGUCAACAGCUAUUAAUGCAAAUGGUGGCAGUGGUUGGCUUGGGAUUCUUUCAUCACUCAUCUCUAAUAUAAAUAACCUUAGAUGUUUACAUUUGCCUCAUUUUAGUGAUACUUCAGCGCUUGAGAAGUGCUUACAAUUAGUUAUUGAUUUUCAUCCUCAAUCAAUACGACAUUUGGCUAUUAAUGACAAUGUUAGUGAGAAGACUCUUUAUUUGAUAAGCAAAAGGUUGGUAAAUCUUCAAUUUCUUGGCAUCUAUGGUCAGGUCAUCCAAUGUCAAGGAUUUGAUGAUUGGCCUAACCAAUUGGGAUGCAAAUUCAAAGGACUUCAUUUGGACCUUGGGUUUGACGAUACAAGCAAUUUCAGGAUUCUUGUACCUCUUUUAGGUCAACAAUUAACCUGUUCAAGAUUAACCCAUCUACUUUUAACGACAACAACAACUCACCUUUUCCAUCAAAUAUGCACCAAAUUACCAAACCUUGAAAAGUUGACCAUCUUUUUGUCCGAUGAAACCUUUCGCUUGCCUGAAACUCAUGUACUUAACCAUCUUGAUUCCCUAUCGCUAUCUGUCUGUGUCCAGGAAACCUCUUUUGGAAACGAUGUUAGCUUAAUCAAUUUUCUGUCUCCAAUUAAAAACCUGAGAAACUUAUCAUUAACAAAUUUCUAUGUGAGACGACACUUUUUUGAAAGCCUUUCCCAUGUUACACCUAAGCUUAAAAGGUUGUCUCUCAAUGAUGAAUUUACUCGACGAAGAAAACCAUUGAUGGGCGAUGAACUUCUCAAAUUGACUCACCUUAACCAAUUAACUGACCUGAUUAUGGAAGUCACCGAGAUUGAUAUCCGACAACACCAUGUUAUUGGUAUUCUUACUGCUCUCAAAGGCUCUCUUGAACACCUCAAACUGUCUCAAUGUAAAAAUCUUAUGCUUGAAGAGGAUUUCAUUAAAAAAGUGUACGAUUUGACACUUGCCGGACCAGAUUCAAUCGCCAAAUCUUUGGACAUCACAGCGGGUUACAUUCGAGACAAAAGCUUAGAAACUAGUCAUCAAACAAAUAUUCAGUAUAGCUCAUUUGGAAUUCGUCUUUUACUGAACAAAAAGUAGAUUGUUCAAUAUUCAAAGUUCAUUCUCAUCAAGCAAAUUUAAAUCAUGGUGCAAAUUGGAGAUGAAUGGUCAACAAUAGAAUCCAUCAUUAAAUCAAUUGACCGAGUCAAAGUGCCUUGAUAAUCAGAAGCUGUAUCAAUCUUCACCAUCUACACCAGAAAAAAUCUCUGAUAGUUCAAACUAAAUUGAUUGUUGACUUUGUCAACGAGGAAACAUUUAAAUUGUUCGUUAUAUUUGCAUUUUUACCUUUAUUUUUUUUCCUCUCUUCAACUUUUUAUUUUUACUAUUAUUGACAAAUUAGUUAUUUGUGUUCUCACUGUAAUCAUUAAAUUGUUCCCUUAGUAGCACGCAUAAGAGCAAUAAUUGAAAUUGUUAAAUAAGUUAUUUUAAUGACUAUUGUUGUCAAUUGAUUGAUUGAAAAUAAAAAACAAUAAAUUUUCAAAGAGAA